ACACCUGAUUCAUUGCAUUUACGACCACCACACCCUUCUUUUUCUUCUCUCUCUCUCUCUCUCUCUCUCUAUCUAUCUCCUCUUUUUUUCCCUAACAAGAUUAGGGUUUUCCUGAUGCUCUCUUUUCUUCUAUUUCUCUGAUGCAUUCACCCUUUGAAAUUCUUUACCCUGCUUGCACCCUCUUCUUGUUCGUGGGUCUUCACUUUUUUGCUCUCAAUCGAGGGUUUUUGGGGUUUCAACGGUGCGGAUUUGUCCUCCCUAGGGUUUUCCAGCAAUACCCAUGUCAAAGAUCUUCGAUUAUUUGGGAGAUGCUACUUUUUGUCCUGGGGGAUCUAUAUACCCGAAUCCAAAGGAAUCAAGUCUCUUUUUGUCCCUUGGUCAUGAUGUGGAUGUCUAUUUUCCUCCUCGCAAGAGGUCUCGCAUUGGCGGCCCUUUUCUAUUCAGGGGAGAAAUCUUUGAGCAGCAGCAGCCAGCCUCUAUUGAAGUCCUACCUGAUGAAUGUCUCUUUGAGGUCUUCAGACGUCUACCUGGAGGAGAAGAUAGAAGCAUAUGUGCUGGUGUUUCCAAGCGCUGGCUUAUGCUUUUAACUAGCAUCCGGAAUGAAGAAAUAUGCGCCAAAAAAGUAACUCAACCGAUUUCCAGUGAACCAGAGGAGCCCCUCCUUUGUAAUAAGAAGGGUGAAGUUGUUGGUUUGAGUGGUGAUGACAAUAAAGAUAAGGAGAGAGAGGGUGAUGGAUAUCUUUCUAGGUGCCUUGAAGGGAAGAAAGCUACAGAUGUCAGACUUGCAUCCAUUGCUGUGGGAACUGGUCACCGCGGCGGAUUAGGAAAGCUCUCUAUCCGAGGAAGCCAUUCUGCUCGUGGUGUCACAACCCUUGGUUUUCGGGCAAUUGGACGUUGCUGUCCUUCAUUAAGGGUACUUUCUCUAUGGGACGUGUCUUCUGUAGGAGACGAAGGCUUAUAUGAGAUUGCUAAUGGAUGUCCGUUAUUGGAAAAACUUGACCUUUCCAAGUGCCCUGCUAUUUCUGACGAUGGUUUAAUAGCCAUUGCGAAGAAAUGUCCCAAUCUGGCGUCGUUGACAAUAGAAUCUUGUUCAAACAUUGGGUAUAAAAGUUUGCAAGCAAUUGGGAGUUUCUGCCAAAACUUGACCUCUGUUUCGAUAAAAAACUGCCCUCUUGUUGGAGAUCAAGGAAUUUCUAGCCUCUUGUCAUCAACCAGCUGUUCGCUGACGAAUUUGAAGCUUCAGGGUUUGAGCAUCAGCGAUGUGUCUCUUGCUGUCAUUGGGCACUAUGGAAAAGAUCUUACCGAGCUAGUACUUAUUGGCCUUGAGAAUGUAAAGGAGAGGGGUUUCUGGGUCAUGGGCAAAGGUCAGGGUUUGCAAAAGUUGAGGUCCUUUACAGUUACUUCUUGCCAAGGAGUUACUGACUUGAGCCUUGAGGCUGUGGGUAAAGGUUGCCCAAAUCUGAAGCACUUGUGCCUUCGCAAAUGUAGCUCGGUUUCGGACAUUGGCUUGGUUUCAUUUUCCAAUUCCGCAAUAUCACUUGAGAGCCUUCAAUUGGAGGAAUGCCAUACAAUUACUGGCUAUGGGCUUUCUCAUGUUAUUUUUAGUAGUGGCAGAAAAUUGAAGGCUCUUUCUCUGGCUAAAUGUUUGGGGUUUAAGGACUUGGUCUUUGGAUUUCCUUCAGUGGUAUGUUGCACUUCUCUUCGGUCCUUAUCCGUCCGUAAUUGCCCUGGAUUUGGCAAUUUUAGCAUGAAUAUGUUGGGUAAAUUGUGCCCCCGUUUACAGCAUUUGGAACUCAAUGGGCUUCAUGGAAUAACAGACGAGGCUCUUCUCCCACUUAUUGAGAACUCUGUGGCCGGUCUUUUGAAGGUUAAUCUUGGCAAUUGUGUGAAUCUAACAGACAAGGUCAUUACCGUACUUGCUAAGCUGCAUGGUGUCACUCUUGAACAACUGAAUCUCGACGGCUGCAAGAAAGUCACUGAUGCCAGCUUAGUAGCGAUUGCAGACAAUUGCUUAUUUUUAAGAGAGCUUGAUGCUUCCAACUGUGAAAUUACCGAUUCAGGCAUUGCAGCUUUGGCUUCUGCACUCCAGCUCAAUUUGCAGAUCCUUUCUCUCUCAGGUUGCUCCUCCAUAUCUGAUAUGAGCUUGGCUUAUCUGAUGGAGUUGGGUCGGACUCUUCUGGGGUUGAACAUACAGCAGUGCAACGCAAUAAGCAGCAGAAUGGUUGACUUUCUUGUGGAGCGCCUAUGGCGGUGUGAUAUCCUUUCCUAAGAAGAAAACAGCAGUGGUACGCAAUAAGCAGCAGAAUGGUUGACUUUUUUCAUGGAGCGCCUAUGGCAGUGUGAUAUCUUUUCCUAAGAAGAAAUUUGAUUUAAAUGCCCCUUCCUCGACAUAUUGGGGAAGUUCCGAUCUAGUUUUACUUCUUCCGUAGCAGGACUUUUAGUUUUGCGGUCCAUAAGUUGUGGUCUUGUUUUAGUCCAGUUACCCAGUUUCUUUUUCAGGUAAUAUGGCCUAUUACUCCUUUUUUGCAGCUUAUCUUACAUUAGGAAGCUGUUGGAAGAAUUUUGGUUCCCUAAACAUGGGUCCCUGCAUUCUUCAUGGUCAUAUUUCCCUGAUUAUUCAGUUCUGGGUUCUGGUUCUAGCAAUGGUUUUCCGUUGUUGUUGGCAAUUAGCCUUUCAGUGCUUAGGCUAAGCUUUUUUAUUGGCUUUCUGUCUUGCAACAUGUUUUUUGAGUCUGUCCGCUUUCAGUUUUUCAGAGUCUUCCAGCGUCGUUGAAACCCUUUGUGCUCUUCGCGUGAUUGGUAGGUCUCUGUUUUCCAUAUAUGAGGGUGGGUUAAGAUUCCUUGUUAAGUCUGUUGGUUUAAGGUUGCUUUUGACAGUUCAAAUUGUUGGCCUCGUGUUCUUGGGCUUUGGCCGUGACAAUCCCUUUCCUUUCGGUAAGGGUUGUUUUUUGUUUUUUCCAAGCCCUAGUUUUUUCAGGCUUCUUCGCCAGUUGAUGAACUGUAUUCUGCAACUGCUUUGUUAUGUACUGGAUUUGAGUUUCAUCUUUGUAAUGGCUUCUGUUUAUGUGAGAAUCUUGAAUAAAAAGCUUGCUAUAUUUCUGUUACAA